AUGGCCCCGAUACAAAAGUGGUGGACGGGGAUCGUGUGCUUCUUCGAUUUUCUGACAAAUUCGCCAAACAAGCUUCAUUCUCCUGAGAGCACUCCAGAUCUCCAGAUCCCAGUGCAACCGGUUCAGCCAGAGGCCACAAGAUACCCGAUCUUCAAUCCACCAGAUGACCUUGAAGACGCACCUUUCCGAUGUGAAUAUCCCCACUACCCAGAAGAGGAGGGCUGGGUGUCCUGCAACACCAAGACGGACAGGCAAUGUUGGCUCAAGAAUAUCAAGACUGGCCAAAAGUUUGAUAUCCACACUGACUACGAGAACAACGGCCCCAAGGGUAUUGUGAGACAUUACUCUCUGGACCUGGAAGAAACCACUUGGAACCCUGAUGGCUUUGGCUCUCUACCGGUGCAGAUAUUCAACAACAGCUUUCCUGGUCCUCGAAUUCAAGCUUGCUGGGGUGAUCAAGUGCAUAUCACAAUCCACAACAAGUUGGUGGGCAACCACACGGAGGAAAAUCCCGGAAAUGGCACCACUAUUCAUUGGCAUGGCUUCAGACAGUUGCAUACCGGCUACAUGGACGGCGUCAAUGCAGUCACACAGUGUCCCAUCGCUCCUGGUACCAGCUUCACAUACGUCUUCAACAUCACCCAGUACGGAACUUCGUGGUACCACAGCCACUAUUCUUUGCAGUAUGCCGCCGGUGCUCUGGGGCCACUGACCGUCUAUGGGCCGGUGUCCAAAAAUUACGACCACCAGUUAUAUCCCAUCAUUAUGAGCGACUGGCUCCACCGAAGGCACGUAUACAACUCUCUUCGAUUCGUGUACCAGAAGUGGGAUGCUUCCAUCCAACAAAAGGGGACACAGAUAUUCGUUGACAAUAUCCUGCAAAACGGCAUCGGUCACUGGCCGCCUGCCGUUGAGGCGUCCCAUAAGCCCAAAUUCAAUGAGGUCUUCUUCCAGAAGGGUGUGAAAUACCUGAUGAGGCUCAUCAAUGGUGCCGCCGACACGACUUUUGUAUUCUCCAUCGACGACCAUAAAUUCUGGGUUGUUUCCACCGACUUUGUUGCGAUCGAGCCAUAUUAUACCGACCACAUCGUGGUCGGGAUAGGACAACGAUACAAUAUCAUCGUCGAUGCAAACCCGGAAAGGUACACCAGCGACCAUAGCUACUGGAUCCGAACCACUCCCGCGACGAACUGCAGUUCUUUCGACCCGAAUGGUAUCCAACCCGAUGAGCGUACCGGGAUUGUUCGAUACACCCUGAGUGACGAGCUGCCUAGCACUUUGAGACAUCCAUUUAAACCCACCUGUGCGGACGAGACUUACUAUAGGAACAUCACUCCCAUCGUUCCUUGGACGGUCAGCACUUCGCGAAAAGAGGUGGACCCGCUCUAUCUCACCAUACAGCGCAUGACGGGCUAUCCGUACUGGCCAUGCGACAAGACAGUCAAUAGAUUCGAGCUCGUGCCUAACCACCCGAUGUGGCUCAACUUCAGCGGGCCGACGCUCUGGAACCUGGACCAGAACUUCACCCAGAAGGGCUGGCUGGCCGUGGUCGACACCAACGACACCAAGGCAGAAGAGUGGGUGCAGCUGACCAUCAUCUCUGGGAGCAAGAAGUCCUCGGCGCCGCUGCUGCCGCACCCGGUGCCCAAGGUCCCCGGCGUCUACGUGCCCGGAGAGCACCCGAUCCACCUGCACGGGCACGACUUCGCAGUGCUGGACCAAUGCGUGCCGGACGACAGGACGGCGUGCGAUGUGUCCCAAGCCAACCUGACCCUGGUCAACCCGCCGCGCCGCGAUGUCGCCUUCCUCCCCGACGAGGGCUACCUGAUCAUCGCCUUCCGGGCCGACAACCCGGGCGUCUGGAUCAUGCACUGCCACAUCGCGUUCCACGCCUCGUCCGGCCUGGCCGUGCAGAUCAUGGAGAACCGCAAGGAGAUCCACUUCCCGCACCCCUGGGAGGAGCGCUUCGCCCACAUGUGUAAGACGUGGGACGACUGGAACCCGCGCAUCCACGACCCGUCCGAUCCGUGUGGCUACCUCGAUCCCGACGAGGAGCCCCUUCAGUCCGACUCGGGCAUCUAG